GAGUGCCCACUGCUCGCGCUCUGCUCCUGCUGCUGCUCAUCGUCUGCUCUGCUGUACUUGCUGUUGCUGUACUACAUAGACCCACAUCUCCCUUUCCUUUCCUAAUAUAUCAUGACCACCACCACCACCCCCAAUCCCCCAUCUGCCCCUUCUACCGACGCUACCUCCGCUCCUCCCACUCAGGUCCCAUCGUCGCGCACUCCCAAUCCGUCGGAGGUUGGCUGGCAAUUCGUUCCUCAAUACUACACCUUUGUGAACAAACAACCGGACCGAUUGCACCAGUUCUACAACAAAAAGUCUACUUUCGUGCAUGGCACAGAAGGAGAUGAGGGGAGGGUCUGUUUGGGACAACAGGAGAUCCAUGCUCGCAUAACCGAAAUCGGGUUUCGUGACUGCAAAGUGUUCAUCCACUCUGUUGACGCGCAGUCUUCCGCCGAUGGGGGUAUCAUCAUUCAGGUGAUCGGUGAGAUGUCGAACGACGCUGAGCCGUGGCGCAAAUUCGUGCAAACCUUCUUUCUCGCCGAGCAGCCGAAUGGGUACUUUGUUCUGAACGACAUUUUCCGGUUCCUCAAGGAGGAGACGGUGGAGAGCGAGCACGAGAGCGAGGAUGCGGCGAGCGAGGUCGUCGAGCCGGAGCACGCGUCCGUUUCCGUUGUCGAGCAUGCUGCUGCUGUCGAACCCGUGGUUGUCGAGCCCGUCGCUGUCGAGCCUGCACCCAGAGAGCCCACUCCUCGCGAACCUACUCCUCCGCCCGCUGUUGAAGAGCCUCCUGUUGCCGAGGCGCCUGUUGAGAUUUCGCAACCGAAAGCAGUGACGCCACCCCCGGCACCUGCGCCGGCCCCGGCAGCAGUCCCAGCACCGACCCCGGCACCAGCGCCGGCACCAGUGCAAGCGCCUCCUCCCGUAGCUGCACCCAUACCGGCUCCCGCUCCCGUACCCGCCCAACCGCGUUCGUGGGCAAACCUUGCCGCUGCGAACCCGAAAAAGUGGGGAUCGACCGUUGCUGUGGACUCUCGAGGGACAUCCGAGAUCGCGCCGGCUACAGUGCAGAUUCCCGCUCCUGCUCAGCCUCCAGUUCAACAACAGCAGUCCCCGGCCCCGGUCCAACGACAGGGUCAGCCGCAGCAGCAUCCCAGUUAUGCUGCGGCAAUGAGUGUGACGACGGCCCAAUGUUUCGUCAAGGGUGUUCUCGAGCCAGUGACGAUCAAUGCUCUGCAGACCCAGCUGACAAAUCGCUUUGGCCCACUCAAAGAUCUGGAGAUUGUACGCAACAAAGCGUGUGCAUUCUUCGAGUUCUUGAGCCUGGAUUCUGCACGCAAAGCAAUCGCGGCCUCUCUGCCUCAGUCGCAGGGUGGUGAGGGAGGAUUCUGGAUCGACAUGGGGCCUGACAGCACGUUCAGAAUCUCGAUCGAGACAAGAAAAGAGCGCAGCGAACGGCCAGCUAGCCGACCGCGAGGUGGAGGCCCGAUGGGUGAUGGCCAGCGGGGUCGCGGUGACGGUUUCAGAGGUGGCCGGGGCAGGGGCCAGCCUCGUGGUGGGCCUCCUGGCAAGUAAAAUUCUGACAAUGCAUGGCAAUGCCAUCGUUGGUCUUCAUCCAUCACACUUUACUUACUUACCACGCAAUCACUACUAUCUCAUUUUGGGGUCUUGAGAAUGCUCGGGACCAAGGUACAAUUGAGUUUUGCAAUCACGCUUUCAAAGAUCCUGAGGUCCCACCGGUGCUGUAAUGCAACUAAACCGCAAGCCCUCGUAGGGAUUGAGUGAAUUGAGGUCCACAAAAACACCACGUGGCAUGCGACCUAUUUUUGCUAAUGAUCGACAUGGCGAUCAUUUCAUAGCGCUGCUCGCUCCUUGGCUUCAACCAUCCUGAUACCCUUCGCCUUUCACGGAACCCCUCGAGUUAUAACUUCCCGUCCUUACUUGCUUUACUAACGCACUGUCGACACCAUGAAGUUCGCUCGUUAUCUCGAGGACACACAAGUGCCCGAAUGGCAACGCGCUUACAUCGACUAUAAGCUGCUCAAAAAGAAGAUUACGGAGAUCCGGCGCCAGAAAGAAUUGACCGGCCAUCAGGCAGGACAGGCGCGUCCUUCGGAGGAUGUGGACGUGGUGCUCGAAGAGGACGACACUCCGGAUACGAGUUCAACUGCUCAUGCGUUGGCGCGCAAGCCGAGCAGCACGCAAACGACAGCGCCUCGUCCUCCGGCCCCCGUGCGUCGAUUCACAGUUGUAUCCAAGCCCCGCCCCUACUCAUCUGGUCUGCUCUCAGCCCUUGAACGGUCGUUCUUCACUACACUGGAUGGGGAGGUAGUCAAGAUCGACAAGUUCUUCAUCUCGCGUGAGAAAGUUAUGCAAGAGCGGACACAGGCGCUGGAAGGACAACUGGAACGGCUGGAUGAGCACCGCAAGAUCUUCGACGCCACCGCACACAGCUCUACCGCAUGGACGUCUGCGAUCAACACCGCUGCUCUCCUCAAGUUCAAGCCCAGCACGAAAGACCCAGGCGACCCAGAAGACCACGCCGAAUCGACCGAGUCCCUGCCUUUGCCGGAUGCGGCUCUGAAAGCAAAGGGCAAAGCGCGCCACCAUCUGAAAGCCCACUCCGUCUCCGAGCUGCCUGAUGCUCGCGACGACUUGGAUCCAGAUGACUUCCAUGAAGCGAGGCAUCAACUGAAGAAGGCUGUGUUGGAGCACUACCGGGGCCUGGAGAUGCUUUACAACUAUCGAGUUCUCAACCUCACCGGCAUCCGGAAGGCUUUGAAGAAGUUUGAGAAGGUGACGCAGAUUGCUGCUCAAGAUAUGUACAUGCGGGAGAAGGUUGAUCCCACAACGUUCGCAGCAGACACGACAGUACAGUCGAUGAUGGAGACGAUCAAAGACAUGUAUGCCAGUCGGUUCGUCCGCGGAGAUCGUAAAAAGGCUCUUGACCUAUUGCGGUUAGGACCACAGCACAAAAGCCACCACGUGAGCACAUUCUGGUCCGGAUUGUUCCUCGGCCUAGCGGUCCCAGCGCUGGUCUCUGGUCUGUAUCACAGUUACCAGCAGAGCACGCGGGAUGCAAUACCUGGAUGGGACGGGCUGUUGAUGAUCUACGGCGUGUUCCUCAUUCCGGUCCUGCUCGGCUUGUUAGUAGGACUGAAUAUCCUUGUUUGGGCCCAAUGCAGGAUCAAUUAUGUGUUCAUCUUCGAGUUUGAUCUAAGAACCCGCAUGGAUCAUCGAGAGUAUUUCCAGCUCCCGAGCAUCAUCUUAGCGGGUCUGUGCUACGCAUUCUGGCUGUCCUUUGCUCGGAUCGGUGCCCCACACAUUUCGCCGACAACAUGGCCACUCGUCUGGCUGGGAUUUACAGCAGUCAUGUUGUUCGCUCCCCUGCCACUCUUCUUCCUUUCGUCUCGGUUGUGGCUGUUGAGAAACGUGGGGAAACUCUUGACAUCGGGGUCCAGACGCGUCGAAUUCACGGAUUUCUGGAUGGGGGAUCAGUUUUGCAGCCUGGUCUUCACUUUGUCCAAUCUGUUCCUCUUUGUCUGCCUGUAUGCCGAAGGAUUCAGUCCCCAGUGGAGGAAAUGUGGGACCUCAUCGAGAUUCUGGCCGCUGCAGUUUGCUUUGGCGAUCCUUCCCUUCCUCGUGCGGUUGGUGCAAAGUCUCAGGCGUUUCGUGGAUUCUGGACUGGUGACUCAUUUAAUUAAUGGUGGAAAAUACUUCUCUGGGAUUAUUGCCUAUCUCUGUUACUUUCUCUGGCGGCACCAAGGAAGCACGCCUGCCCUGAUUGCUUGGUGCAUCUUCCAGGCUCUUUAUUCAUUUUAUGCCUUGGCAUGGGAUUUAUGGAUGGAUUGGUCCAUCAUGCGCCUCGAUACGCCCUAUAAAUUACUCAGAAAGGAGCUGAUAUACACGAACCAUAUCUAUCUCUAUUAUGUUGCUAUUGUUACCAACACGCUCAUCCGAUUCAUUUGGGUGUUCUAUAUCCCGAAGCGCGGGCCUGACAUGAUGCUACGCACCUUUAUCGCCGGUUCAUUUGAGAUGCUUCGGCGCUGGCAGUGGAACUUUUAUCGUGUGGAGAACGAGUUUCUCGGUAACGUCGACCAGUAUCGUGUCACGCGAGAAGUCCCGCUUCCUUACCUGCUGGACCGAGGGGAUCAGGAUCGAGACGACGAGGGCAGCCCUUCACGUGAUUGGCGUGCGAUUCCUCUGCGUAAACAACGAGGCUCUGCACAUGUGUAGACUAGGACAUUAGAGUUCGGAGCCAUGCGCGCGAGUUUUGCCUAUCUUCUGCUGCGAUUUACCAUGUGCACGGGUCAGGUAGUACAAAGCUCGAGGAGUUCCGCACGACAAUUUCACAACGAAAAGACUCACCCCUGCUCACAAUAAUGAAGUUCACCAGAUAUAUAGAAGACACGCAAGUCCCGGAAUGGACCCGGGCCUAUCUGGACUACCGUAUUUUUAAAGACCGCAUUCGUGACAUUCGGAGCGCCCAAGAAUCGAACCACGCGUUCCCUGGCAUUGAAAGUCCCUCAAACUCACCGAUCGGCGGCUGGGCCCAGCAGAGCGACCAUUCCGUGCUUUCCUUUGUAGACUCGGCGGGAAACUCCUCGUAUGGUGGGAGCGAGAUCCACCUGCCCCUCGAUAGACGGCUCGGCGAUCUCGCUUCCAACACAGGAUCACCACAGCCACAGCGAGCACGUGCUGUUGACAGCGUCUCCCCGCCACCGAAUGCCGCCGCAGGCCGGCUGCAUCUGCAGGUGGACUCUCCCAUGCCACCGUUCGUGCCACGUUCGCCCACAUCUCAGACCAAUCGGGACGCACUUCCGCCCAGCCCUGGUGGCGCAAUUCAGUUCCCAGCCACAACGGCGCAGCGCGCUGUCAGUCCCAGGAUACUCCUGCCACAACUAGUUGUUCGACAGGCGACUAAUCGCUCGCACCAUGCGCCCCCAAGUCCCCUCGGAGAUGGCUCGACAAUGCACGGCCGGAUGGACACCAAGCGACUCGGGGCUGACAUGAUGUCCAGGGUUCUGACGAACCACUCACAAGCUCGGAAGGGCGACACCGCGCCGUCCAGUCCAGUGGUUUCUCCAUCCACGGUCGGCAGUCGGCUCAGAAAGGGAAUCUCUCAUCUGAUGGAUCCGCUGCGCCGGGAUCCCUACUCGGAACUCUCUCUGAAUGUGCUGAUGCCACUGCUAUCUCCACAGGAGCUGGCCUUCUUCACCGCUCUUGACAGCGAACUUCAAAAAGUCGACAAUUUCUUCAUCGAGAAAGAGAGGGCAAUGAAAGUUCGCGCCAAAGAUCUCGGGGCUCAACUCCGUGCGCUCAACCAGCACCGCAAAUUAUCUGUUGAUAAAAACUCCGACGCGCCGCGCUCCUGGCCUGCGUUCUGGCGCGGCAGCAUCUCUGCGUUGCUGAAGCUAGUAGGACGCCAGUCGCUCAGCAAAAUGCAUGGACACGUCCACGACGACGAUGGGGCUCGCGAGGCCAAGACAGAAGUAAAGACCUUCGAGACGAGUCGGGCGCGCGAUGAUCAGCGAGAUCCCAAGGCAUAUCCCCAAGCCAAACGCAAGUGGAAGAAAGCAAUCCUGGAGCAUUACCGGGGCUUGGAGAUGCUGCAGAACUACCGGAUUUUGAACAUCUAUGCUUUCAGGAGAGUGCUGAUCAAAUUUGAGAAGGCGACGAAAAUCUCCGUCCAAAGAGCAUACAUGGAAGGAAAGGUCGAGCUGGCCGCAUUCUAUUCUGAUGACAAUCUCCGCGCGAUGAUGCAGGAAGACGAAAACCUAUACGCCAUCAACUUUGGCAAGGUGCUGAAAACCCAUCACAAAAGCACGUUCCAGUCCGGCCUUGCUCUCGGAGCCGCGAUGAUUGCUGUUGCAGCGGGAAUAUUUGAUAGUUUUCAACCAAAUACACGUGCCGCUAUCCCCGGAUGGGACGGAUUAAUGUUCAUCUACGGGGUCUUGGCUAUCCCCGCCAUCUUUGCGUUGCUGGUAGGGCUGAAUCUUCUUGUCUGGGCGCAUUCUCGGAUCAACUACGUUUUCAUCUUCGAACUAGACCUGAGAACGCGUCUCGACCACCGCGAAUACUUUCAGACUCCCGCCAUCCUUCUCACCGCCCUUUGCUAUGCGUUCUGGCUUUCCUUUUCCAGGAUUUUAGAUGCCCAUGUGGCACCUGCGACGUGGCCACUGGUUUGGCUGGCGUUCACGGGGAUCGUGAUGUUCGACCCUUUUCCCCUUCUGUAUAGGCCCUCCAGAUACUGGCUUGUCAAAAGCACUGCGAACUUGCUCAAAUCGGGCUUGAAGCGCGUCGAGGUUCCGUGGUUCUUGUUUCGAAUGAUGCUGCCCACUGAUGCUACCCAGUUUACGGACUUUUGGAUGGGAGACCAGUUCACGAGCCUGGAAUUCACGUUAUCGAACAUCCCUCUGGUCAGCUGUGUUUACGCGCGCAGUCUUGAUGCCGACUGGCGAAAAUGCGGAAGCACGUCGAAACUCUGGCCGCUGUCUUUCGUAAUCGCCGUGCUGCCUUUCGUCAUCCGCAUGGUGCAGAGCAUAAAGCGCUACGCCGAUUCGAAGCUCACGACGCAUCUCAUCAAUGCCGGGAAGUACUGGUCUGGAAUUAUCAGCUAUCUGUGCUACUUUCUCUGGCGUCACAAAGGCAGCAAAUACGACCUGUCGUUCGCCUUUUGGUGUCUGUUCCAAUCGCUGUAUUCCAGUUACGCACUCACAUGGGACUUUUUGAUGGACUGGUCUAUCUUUCGAAGGCACAGUCGGCACUGGUUGCUGAGGAACGAGCUGAUCUACUCGAACCACGUUCCGUUGUACUACACCGCAAUCGUCAGCUUCCCUGCGCCCUUGCCCAGCUGAUUCGCAUCUGACCUCCGCGGCGGAUCUCUAGAUGAUCAACACGGUGAUACGGUUCAUGUGGAUCCUGUAUAUCCCCGUCCAGGGGCCAGACCCGAUGCUCCGCUCGUUUUUGGUUGGGCUGAUGGAGAUCUUUCGGCGGUGGCAGUGGAAUUUUUAUCGUCUCGAAAACGAGCACAUCAGUAACAUCGAUCAGUAUCGAGCUGUGAGAGAAGUUCCGCUGCCGUAUACACUUGACAUGCAGGAAGGGAUUGCCGAAGAGUCCCAGCGAUAACGAUCGCACGCUAAACCCCAAAUUAUGUAAAUUCGAGCAGUAAAUAUGAACAAUCCGUCUGUCUUGCAGCUGUAGCGGGAUUGAGGCUAGCCUGUUCCUGGCAGUGGACACCGUGUUAGCACCAUCACGUGAUCGCGUUCUGCUAUUCGCAGUGGUCUGGAACAUCGCUUCAGAGCCGGCUGACGGAAAAAACGGACAUUGUGGGCGCGAGGAAGGUGCACGUGCAACGUCCAUCUGUUCUCCAUGCUCAACAUCGCACGGUGAUGAUCACCAUGCAUGGAACCUGCGAAGCUGAUGAAAGCAAUGCUACUUAUUUACAAAUGUACAGAUGGUUAACGAAAGGUGGAUAGUGCUUAUACUGGGGUCUAUGAGUAUGAUGAAUACGAAGUGUUUUGGAAGUAACGAGCGAGUGUGUAUGUGUGUGUGAGCGGGUGUGUGUCGUGGGGACGGUCUCAGAUCAUGCGCAAAGGGACGCGUCCUCGAACUUCGUCCUGACCGAAAAGAACGGAAAUGUCCAUGUAAU